UGCGGAGCGAAGAAAAACUGGUGGCCUGUGCUAUGGAUGAAAAGUGGAAAGUUCUUGUGCUAUUGUUUUUUUACCGAUUUCUUUCGUGUGCUAUCGAAUUUUCUCUAAAAUUAAACCGACUCUUUCUCCGUUCCGCUUCCCACCGCCAUGCCUUCCUCCGCCGCCUCUCGCCGUCGCCGCCACCGCCACCGCCACGCCGGCAAGCCCGACUACCCACCGUCGGAGCUGCCGGACAUCCUCCGCGUCCGCGAGCUCCGCCUUGCCCCUCGCGCCUCUUCUCUCCCAAACCCUAACCCUCACAAACCCCAGCCCCACCCCACGAUUCCCUCCUCCACCACCACCACCACCUCUGGACGCCGUCGCAACCGCCGUGGCCGUGGACGCGGCCGCGGGCGCAAGGAGGGGGAUGCGAGGGACUGGGCGGGGGGGCUGCCGCUGGACGCGAUCCUGGCCAUCUUCCACAAGCUCGACCACAUCGAGAUCCUGAUGGGGGCCGGGCAGGUGUGCCGCUCCUGGCGCCGCGCCGCGCGCGACGAGCCCCAGCUCUGGCGGCGCAUCGACAUGCGCGGCCACGCCGACCUCUCCUUCGAGCUCAACCUCUUCGGGAUGGCGCAGGCCGCUGUGCGCCGCAGCGCGGGUCAGUGCGAGGCCUUCUGGGGCGAGUACGCCGCCGACGAAAAAUUGCUCCAUUUCCUCGGCGAACGAGCACCAUCUGUGAAGAGUCUUCGUCUGAUCUCUUGCUAUGAUAUCCUCAAUGAAGGAUUUUCAGCAGCCAUAAAGAAGUUUCCACUGCUUGAGGAGCUUGAGCUUUCGCUUUGUUCAAAUAUAGGUGAGAGCAAUGUGUUUGAGAUUGUUGGCAAAGCAUGCCCACAGCUGAAGCGCUUCAGAUUUAGUAAAGACUGCUUCUACAGCUUUGAAGAUAAUGAAUACGAGAUGGACGAGGAAGCCCUAGGUAUUGCAACUAUGCAUGAGCUACGGUCUCUGCAGCUUUUUGCUAAUAAUCUCAGGAAUGAAGGUCUGGCAGCUAUCCUUGACAACUGCCCCUACCUGGAAUCCCUCGACAUUCGUCAUUGCUUCAAUGUCAAUAUGGAUGACACCCUGCGAGCAAAGUGUGCCAGGAUCAAGACACUGAGGCUUCCCUAUGACUCAACUGAUGACUAUGACUUCCAAGUUCAGAAGCCUAUCUCGCUUGCUGACUUCUACUCUGACAGUGAUGAUGAUUGUGUUUAUGGUGGCCCCGACUAUAUUCUUGACUCAGAUGAGUACGAUGACUACUGUGACCCUUACCGCUACCUUGAUGGUGUCUAUGAGGGCGUCGCGUCAGGGCGAGCUCGAUGAAGAAGAUCGGAUGAUGCUCAAGACUAUGCGCACGUUCCUGAAAUGAAUGCCAUGCGUAUGGUGGUACUUCUGCAUGGUUCACUGGAUCUGCUGCUCUCUGGGGUGUCACCACUUAAUGGAAGAUUGCUUAGCAACUUGGUCAGCCUAUUUUUCUGUUCUUUUGUCUUCUUAGUACUCUCUACCAAGUUAUUCACAACGGUGUCGGUAGUGUUAAAUCUUACUUGGACAGGUUCCUGUUCCCUCUGAAUUCGGUAUGGUGGUGUAUGACUAUGUGCCUACAGCCAGAACAAGAUAAUGGCACACUUCUAUCAGUAUAUGGUAUGUUCCCCGGCCUAAAAAAAACGCUCGCGCUAUGAUUAUCAUUUGGUUAUUCCCCAUUGA